CCAAGCUGGGAGUUGGGAGACUAUAGAGAGCAAAAGAUCACCUUUUCAUGACAGAGAUCAGAUUCUGCAGCUUCUUGGCUUCUUCCUGGCUUCCAGUGUCUUGGAACCUAAUGCCUCCACAUUCUAGAUCUUGUCAUUUCUGCCUCACAGAAGUUGGAUCCUAACCACUAGACCACAUCACAAAGCCAUCCUGUUCCACAAGCCAUGGGGGUGUUGAUGUCUAAGCGGCAGACAGUGGAGCAGGUACAGAAGGUGAGCCUGGCUGUAUCUGCCUUCAAGGAUGGGCUGCGGGACAGGCCUUCCAUUCGACGCACAGGCGAACUGCCAGGGUCCCGCCGUGGCACAGUAGAGGGCUCUGUCCAGGAGGUACAAGAAGAGAAAGAAGCAGAGGCAGGCGCCCCAGUGGUCCAGGAAGAGAGCAGUGUCAACCGCGCAGCCUGGGAGCGGCUCAGAGAUGGGCGUGGAGUGGAACCUGAGGACUUUGACAGGAGCAGUCGUUUCACACCACCUGCCUUCAUCCGCCCCACCCGGAAGCUGGAUGAUGACAAGCCUCCAGAAAUCUGCCUACAGCCCAGGGAGUCUGUUGUCAAUGAUGAGAUGUGUGAUGUCUGUGAGGUUUGGACAGCUGAGAGCCUGUUCCCGUGCAGAAUCUGCACCAGGGUUUUCCAUGAUGGCUGCCUGCGCCGCAUGGGUUACAUCCAAGGAGAAGGUGCAACGGAGGUGACCGAGAUGGCCCACACGGAAACAGGCUGGAGCUGCCACUACUGUGACAACCUCAACUUGCUGCUUACUGAGGAAGAAAUGUAUAGCCUCACAGAGACCUUUCAGCAAUGCAAAGUCAUCCCUGAUUGCUCCCUGACACUGGAGGACUUUCUGCGCUAUCGCCACCAAGCAGCGAAGCGGGGGGGAAAUGACAGAGCCCUGAGCGAGGAGCAAGAAGAACAGGCAGCCCGCCAGUUUGCAGCCCUGGACCCUGAACAUCAAGGCCACAUAGAGUGGCCUGACUUCCUGUCCCAUGAGUCCGUCCUACUUUUGCAGCAUUUGCGUCCUCAGAACUCUCUGUUGAGGCUUCUGACAGUUAAGGAGCGAGAACGAGCCCGAGCCACCUUCCUGGCACUGGGCAGUGGAAACGCCAUCAGUGAGGCAGAGUGUGGCCGCGCCCAGCAUUCUUGGUUUUGCAAACGUCUUACAGAAGCUCCAUCCUGCAGUGUCAGCAGCAUCAGCCAUGUGGGUCCCAUAGCUGACAGCAGUCCAGCCAGCAGCAGCAGCAAGAGUCAGGACAAGACCCUGCUGCCCACAGAGCAGGAGUCCAGAUUUGUGGACUGGCCCACCUUCCUGCGAGAGAAUGUCCUCUACAUCUUAGCUGCUCGCCCCAACAGUGCAGCCAUUCACCUGAAACCCCCAGGAUAGCAUGGAGCAGAGAAGCUUGGUUCGGGGACAGUGACAUCCUCUCCCUCCUUUCCUCUUUCCCUUCCCCCCACCAACCUCUGGCACUAAGACUCAUGGAGAUGGGGCCCUGCCAGCAUCUUAACUUGUCACCGAGCUGUAGAACACUGAAAUUACCAUUGCCCUCACAACAGAGGCAAUGAACGCAUUGCCACAGCAAAGAAGCCCUGGAAGCUGUAGCCGUAUCUGCUCCUGGACCACCUCCUGCCCUCACAUAGACUGGAACUGCCACCACACACAUAUGUGCAUGCACUGCACACACAUGCACAUGCGUGCCCAGCUGUCCAUGCCUUCAGAAGCCUGUUUAUUUUUGAGUUGAAACAGGACCAAAGUCCCUUUGUGAGGCCCUAGUAUAGAGGAGGGAGUCUUUACUCACCCUUUCUGUUAACCAGUUCUGAUUGCCAAUAGAUAAGCCUCUGGCCAAGUGAUUCUUAAUAAGGGUACAUCCAGACUCACAUGCCCUCCUUGAGAUUCUGACCGACCCCUCUUCCCUCAUUGAAAAUCCUUUCUGUGGGGUGGUGCCUGUGGCUCAGUGGGUAGGGUGCUGGCCCCAUAUACCAAGGUGGCACGUUCAAACCUGGCCCUGGCCAAAUUGCAACAACAACAAAAAAAAGUUGGGCAUGGUGGCAGGCGCCUGUAGUCCCAGCUACUCGGGAGGCUCAGGCAAGAGAAUCGCCUAAGCCCAGGAGUUGGAGGUUGCUGUGAGCUGUGACAGCACGGCACUCUACCAAGGGCAAUAAAGUGAGACUCUGUCUCUAAAAAAAAAGAAGAAGAAAAGAAAAUCCUUUCCGUGGUGAGCCACUGUCACUAGUAGGUAUGUACGAUGUGCCUCAGCUUUAUUGAGGUGGGAAAAUAGUUGAAAACCACCGCUGCAGUUCAGCCUAUUAUUUAUUUAAAUUCUAAUUCCGGGUGGCAGAGAAAGCAAUUAGCUAGUAGAAUCCUGGUUAGAAAAGGGCCCCCUCCCAGAGAUACAAAAUUCCAGGAACCUCUCAACCAGGUCAUCCAAGUCCAAAAGUCUGUAGCAGAACAGUUAAAAACCAAGGUGAGUCUUCUUGGCCCUGUUUUUCAGGUGAUAGCUCAUGCCCAGAUCCCCCAGGGCUCUGAAAGGAACAAAUACAAUGGCAGGAGUUACAACCCUCUGUUAGAUGAUUUAGCCAAGUCAGCUACCACAGGACCAACAAGGACAUGGUCUGGAUGGAAGAGAAGAGGCUCAGGCUCUUGGAUUGUUCCAGCUCAACUCAGCUAUAGACCUAGGAAAGUGACCUCUGUGUGGAAAUCGCAGCCAGCCUCUUCCACGGCCCAAGAAAGAGCAGCUCUGCAGAUGCCACAGCAGACUCCUUUCAGCCAUCCUGACAUUGAGGACAGGAGACUGUAGCUUAAGAAAAUUUGCAUCUCAGCUCUUUCAAGCAGAGGAGUCCUGGGAAAGCCUCACAGAAGUUUUCCCCUUCUCCCUGUCACUGGGUGUGUCCUCAGUUGCUGUUUCUCCCACUGCUCACUGAGAGUCCUUGUCCACUAGGCUGGGUCCUCCUGGCAUGGGAGGACUUUGGAGGCAAGCAGAGGCUACCACAGUGCACCAAGCCUGGAUUCCAAGCCCCACCUCCCCUUCCUAAGUUCUUGUGAAAUUCUCAAGUCAGUGCAGGUUGUGGGUCACCCUGGGAUCCAGGUUCUAGGUUUCUGUUUCCAAUCUAAUGACUUAAGUGUUGCCAGAUCUGACUUCCAAGGGUUAUUCAAGAUGGAGUUAAGCUCAGUCAUGCAGAAGCUAACAUAUCUUCAUUGCUCAAGGCACUCAUGCUAAAUUGAGUACUUACAGAAGAAUGUUCCUAUCUCUCAGUGUUGAGAUCCUCAGAGGAAAACAAGGAGCUGCAGCCAGGGACUGGUAAGAGCCCUGUGUAGUCUCCUCUUGUAGGAAUUGCUUGAGCUGGGAGCAGGACAAUUAACUACUGGAGUUGAAUUACUUAGGACUGAAAUGAAGCAGACAGGAGACAAAUAUUCAUAUGUAUGGCCCUGAACAUUUCAAAACCCACAUUUUUUGUAAAUACUCCUCAGCUAUACUCCCAGGACUGAUGAGGGGCCGUUAUUCAGUCUGGUCAAAAAAAAAACAGAAAAGAAAAGAAAGCACAUGAAUCUUGGGCCAAGGACUGUAUCUGAAGCAACCAAACCUGGGGGUUUGCGCUGAGAACAUUAAAGCACAUAAAGCACAGGGGCUCUUGUUUACCCUCCUGGCAGAUCACCCUCUGUGCCAGUGGCCUUGGGCUGCUUGAUCUCAUGGAGAGGGCAUUUUAAGUAAAGACAGCACUGGGCUAUGAGAUCUGAACAGCUUUUUUCUCCUGCCUCAUCAGUCACAGGGACUGGAAGUCCAUCUUUUGCCCUGACCCUCCACAGAUCAAGGUAACACCUACCUCUUUGUAGUUGCUACUUCUAGCUCUCUGUGGGUGAAUGGUGACAUGGGUUCCUGCUCUAUCCCAGGGUUGCUUUCUGUGAGUGACAUUCCAUGGGUCGCUGGAUCAGGCCUGCUCUAUCCCAGGCCCUGGAGUUCUGUCAUGACAGGAGCAGGCCCAUUUGGGAUCACCCUCUUCCCUAUUCUAGGACAGCAAGCUUCCUUGGUGAGGGUGUGUUGCAGAGGGCCCAGGGGAUGCUACCUCCAGCAAAGAAUAGAUUCCCUGGUCCAGGGGAGUAGAAAAGCACAGAGGAGCAGUUGGGCCCUUCACCAUAGGCAUCUAACAUUUUACCAAACGGGAAAUUUCAUUGCUCCCCAAGUCCAGUCCAGAAUUGCAGAAGUCCCACCCAAGUCCCCAUCCAGAAUCUUCCAUUAUAGUGCCCUAAUCCCUAAAGCCCCUCUGCAGUAUGUGUGGAGAUUUUAAAACAUUUAAAGACCUAGUGAGGUCCAUUCUCUUUUCAAGCCCUUCCAUCACUGUGACUCUUUGAAAUUCUGCCAAGUACAAAUAUGAAUGUCUGGCUCUCAUAAAAGUAUGAGAAAAUGUUUUAAUCUUUUCUUGGCUGCCCAAAAUUGAGAUCAGUGCUUUUCCAAGCACACCACCACCACCCCACCACCCCCAACCAAGGAAGGCUUUGGUUAGGGAUCUGUUCCCUAUGAAAACCACUUGCUAGUAUUCUCUUCCCUGUGUUCAUAUUUAAAUAGGGGCAACUGGAUAAACAAAGCUGCAGGGACAGAGGCUAGCUGAGCAUGUGGCUGUGGCCAUGUAACCUCACCAGAUCUGCUUCUUGGUUUUUUUCUACUGAAGCCAACCUUCCCCAACAGAACAGUUGCGCAGUGGCCCCUGUGGGAUCUAGGGAUGGAGCAGUUCUCUCACUCCUAGGGAUUGAUCCAAGUCUCAAGUUUUCUUCUUUAAGGACAGCAACAGCAGAAACCAUGAGAUACAUUGCUUCUUUCUGCCCGCAGCCCAAGCAACUGGGGCUGGAAGUGCAAACGUUGACCUUUCUGGCUCUGGUGCUCCCUAUGGGCUGUCACCUUGGCCUUGUUUAAGUGGCCAGGUCUUUGGGUUCCCCUAAUCCCACCACCAGUAUGGAAAGCACAGAACUAAACUGCCAGGGUUGUGCCCAAGUCUCUUACCCCAAAGCACAACCUCAACCAUUGCAGGUAUCACAGCUUCAGUAAAAGUGGUGCCAGGAAGUUCUAAACCCAAGAUGAAAGCUUAGCAGAAACUGUCAGGGCCUCAGGCCAGCCUUGACUACCCCAGAGCCAAGAGUAACCUCCAGACAGGACUGAGAACUGGUAGCAGGCUCUAGUGACCCUGCAAGCAUAUUCCUUUCAGACUAGUAGAGUGAAGGCAAAUAACAUGCAUGGUACUAAAAGGCAGGACAAGCUUGAUAACCAGAAUUUCAGGACAUCCUGGCAGCACCUAUAACCAUGGUCUCUCUUUAUCCCACUCCUAUUUACAGUGAAAUAAAAUUGCUACUUUUAUUCAGGCCACUUAGUUUGAAUUUGCCCAAUAUCUCUCUGGGCCCCUGGCUGCAGCCCGACAAUGGGAUCUCCUGGAGUGGGGGAUCUUAAUGCAUAAUGCCUGGUCCUGACAGAUCAGCUCUGGAGUGGGGUGAGACCAGGCAUUUUUCCUGCUGUUGCUUUCCUGCUACCACUAUUUUUGGCAACCUUGAAGGGAAAAGAAAAUGAACAUGUUAACUGAAUUUCCACUAGCCCCAACCAGCACUCUGGGCCACAUGCCUCAAUGAGCAUAGCGGAGAGGUCAGUCUGGUCUGGGCCAGUGACUAAGAAGCUCAGUUGCAAACCAGUCUGCAUAGCACUGGGUAGGCACAAUCACAGAUGAGACAUCAAGGUAUAAGCAGCAAGGCCUCUCCAUAUCUGUGGUGAAGCAAGGACUUCAGGCUUACCUCCAGCCAGUUGGGGUUGGCCUGUGAUCUGUGUCCCAGCCAAACAGCUUGUGAGGAGGGCUCUGAGAGCACUUGAAUAACAAUGCAGGAUCCAUGCCCCUUGGUCCCUCAUUCCUUUCCCAUGUGCUUUUCUGCCGAAGGUAAUUUGACAGUGAGCUGAAGGGGACACCCCCAGGCCCUGUCUCUCCAUCUCUAUAGCUGCAUGCUCCUCCCUGUGGCCAGCCUUCACAGGCACUCCAUUAGGAGCUACUGCUCCCAAGGCUGGGCACAGUGGAAAUCAUAAUAAAGAG